AGCAUUAAAUUUUGCCAUAAUUAUGACACGCCCUUCUUGGCUAAUCUGAUCUGAAGGGCGAAACGUUAAUAAAACACAGAGAUCAUUGGUCUGAUUCAAGAGUCUUCUCAAGAGAGUUCCAGUUCCUUUAUAGCGUGAUUCUACCAAUCGCUAGCAAGAUGGAACCCCAAUCACGUUUCUCGGGCAGCUUCCAGGAUGAAGCUGCACACACUCCACCAGUUCAGUCUGGCACACAAAAUAGCAAUGGCAACGUUGUUGAGAAACGAUUCUCUGAUCAUUUUACGGAUGCCGAAUAUGAGCUGCAUCCACAUGAAGAUCAGUUUGAUUUUGCAUCCAAUCUUCAGACACAUGACUCUGUCUCCUCUCUGGAUAUUGUUGGAUUAGAUUCCAAUCUGGAAGCAGUUGGCGAAUUAGAAUCAAGUGCUGCAUUAUUGUCCAAAUCGUGGGAAACAUUCGAACACAGUGGCCAAAAACCUGAUGAGGCUGCAAAAACAGAGGCCAUAAAAGAUGUGGAAAUAAAAGAUUUGUGCAAGUCUGCUGAAGAGGACACAGCGGUAGCCACCGAUAGGACUGAGCCAACUGAUUCUAAAGGCAAGUGGGAGAAAUUUGACAAUGGCCGCUCCCUGUCCAAGAAGCUCAGUGAUGCAGCUGCCAGCAGCACAGAAGAAAGUGGGGCAGUGUGUGCGGCGGACGCCCUCGUGUCUAAUUCCCAAUGGACUGCUCUUGACGACAGCCACCAGUUUGAAGAUCUUGAGGAGCACUCUUGGGACAAUGGCAACCUUCCAUUUCGAAAAGUUCAGAGUAUGCGAGCCACUACUAAUCGCAAGAUUCAGAUUGUAGAUGCUUUGAAACAGCGAAGGCUCAGUAACUCUAGCCUAGAUCGGGAACAAGGUAGGAGUGUAUCUCAGUUCAAGAAUGAAGAUGAGCUAACCAGGAAGUUUAAAGUGGACCGUGACUGGCAGGUGUAUGUCAAGAUGGACAAGAAAAUUCCUGGAACGAAGAGCAAGUGGCUUCCUGUGAACUUAUCUGUGAGGGAAGGUAUUCUGGUGAUUAAGAAGAGUACACCACCUUCAAUGCCCAUCUCUAGUAGCACAGUUGUUCCCCCUGACACACCCCCACUACAUGAGAUCAGACUCCAUCACAACCACACUCUUACAAAACCAGUGGCCAGAAAUUAUGAUCGGAAGACUAAAGUUCACCAGAUCAAGCUUCAGAAAACAGAGAUCCAAGAGAAGAGAACUUUGAAGAGGUGGCUAUUUGUGGAACAUAUUAGCAAAGCACGCACCAUUGUCAAGCUAGGCUGUCCCGAUGUGACUGUGGUACAAGGACUCUCUGACCAGAUCAAUGAAGGAAUUCGAAUGCUCCCAGUCACUAGAGACCCAGGAGUCUCAUACAGAAUGAACGAGGUGUUCAUUGAUAUCAAGGACAACUCUGACAUUCUAAUGAAUUGUGAUGGAGCAGUCCUCGAACGAAAGUCACUUAACCGUAUCUUUGUUCAAGCCUUUCUCUCUGGGUCAUCAGAUUGCAAGAUUCUCUUGAAUGAUGUUGAAGCCUUGCUUUUGCAGGGCAAAGGUCAAUUGUCUGUGAGUAUGUCAAGGCAGGUCCGGCUAAACAAUGUGGUUCUCCAUCCAUGUGUGGACAAGGCUGUGUACAAAAAUUCAAGGGAAAUCAAGUUCCAGCCAAUAGAUGGGUAUCCAUUCGAGCUACUGAGAUCUUCUAUUGAUCCGUAUGUGAGCCCUCCAGUUACAGUCAGCAUGCUUAUGGAGUACAGCGAGCAACGAAAUACUGUCAGAAUUACUGCCUCUUUUAGUAUACGCAAAAAACACAAUCUUCAUCUCCGACCUAUUAAGGAUCUAGUAGUCAAAUUCCCAAUUCCUUCGAGUUGGAGUUCUCUGUUCCUUGCAGGCACAACUUUUGGAUCCAAGAAAUCUGUUCGGUCCACUUCAGUUUUGCGAGGAAGUUUCAGGCGAAAGAUCAAGAGUAGCUCAUGUCAAAUUGAAACCCAUUUGGGUUCUGCCAGGUAUGAGCCAGCAUAUGGAGCUGUGAUGUGGAGGAUAGGUAACUAUUUGGAGUCUUCUGUGCCUCACAACUUCAGGUGUGACGUGGAAUUGAAGCCAGGAAUGCACAAGCCAGACGUACAGUCAGAACAUGCUGAAGUUAGCUACAGCAUCCCUGGCAGUUCUACCGGUCUCCAAAUUCGUUCGUUUAAGGUUGAGAAUGCAAAAGCCCAGCCUGAGCGGUGGGUGAAGUAUGAGAUCCAGUACCGUUAUAAGGUGCAGAUGUUUCCUGACCUCUCUAUCGACUAACAAUGCUGUAAUUUAGAUAUGUAAUUCAUUUGGACUUGAACACUUUUUACUGCUUACACUUAUGAUACAUGGUAAUUUUUGAAACCCAAGUUUGAAAUCAUUGUGUAGAUCUAUCA